AGCCCUGACGUAAACAGAAAGCGACGAGGAGAGGCCUGUGGGAUGGUCGAUCAUCCGCUGAGACGUUAAGUUGUACCAGUAGUGCCUCCCUCGUGGUGCAACCCUCCCCCUUCCCUACGGAGAUAUGCCGAAGAAGUUCCAGGGUGAAAACACCAAGGCUGCUGCGGCCCGAGCUCGCAAGGCUGAAGCAAAGGCUGAGGCGGAAUGCCGCAAAAAGCAGGAGCAGGAGGAUGCCUUUUGGAGAGAUGAUGAUAAGCAUGUCAUGAAGAAGGAACAGAGGAAGGACCAAAAGGAAAAGAAACGUCUCGAGGUGAUGGAGAGAAAGAAGGAGAACCAGAGACUACUGGAGGAAGAAGAUUCCAAAAUCAAAGGGCGCCAACCCACAGCUGCUAAAGCUCCCAGCAAAGUGACCCGGGCACAAAUUGAAGAGACGCUGCGCAAAGAGCAGGAGAAAUCCAAUGAGGAAACAAAAGGUACGGAGGAGACCUUGGGCUGGCACUUGGGUGUGCAGCGUUGUCAUCAGUCUUUCAUCAAGGAGGGACUCCCGGGACUUGCAAAGUUUUCUUGUGAAAUUUAUGUUAAUAGCAGUAUGGAUUUGGGGAGUGAAGCUGAAAGGAUUCUCCUGCCAAAAUAG